ACACAAAUUUGUAUCUCGUCUCCCGACCUAGUAAUUUUUCCACCCUGGUAGGAGCUUAAGUUCUCCCCUUCCACAAAGGGUCAGGCACGAGAGCAACCCUAUGAAACGAAGAUCUCAUGCACUCGAAGAAGGGUUUAUAUUCUUUUUGUUAAUCUCUUCCCUGAAUCGUCUCUCUCCGCUCUUUCUUUGUUCUAUUCUGCGACAAUUUCUCUUCUUCUUUGUUUUCUAGAAUUUUAUGAACUUUUGUCAAUUAAUCAAUUAUAUUCCGUUUCAUUCUGUAAGUAUUUUUUCUGGCGACUCUUUACCUCAAGUCUUGCGUCCUCCUGAUGUGCUGUGGGUAAUUAGAGAGGCGGAGCUUUAGGGACCUUUUGUAGGUUUGGCGGACUUUAGGGUUCUGUUAAUCUUUUAUUCCCAGUAUUUAUCCUCUUGCAAUCUUGUUCGGUCUUGGCGGGAGUUUGGAUGUUGUCCGCGGCAAAUCAAGGAAGCCAAACUAUGGCUGCACUGGAUCCUAAUUCCAUGGAGAACCGUUCUGGAGAUGGAGUCAGCCAAGGACAAGCUCCUGCAAUUGCUAGUCACUACACUUGGCCUGCAUCAGCUACACAAGUUGCAAUUCCAUGGACUUACGGAGCAAAUAGUGCUCCUUUCGAAAAUACAACAACGCCGGGAUUGGUCCACAAUUAUGAUCCAUUGAGGGAUUCAACGGCCUCUGAAGGUGCUCAGGUUGCAAUGAAUUCUGUGCUCCAAACUCCGGCUUCAUCUAAUUUGGUCGCAACAAAUGGAAGUCAAUCUUAUUCUGGUUAUGUACAGAACUCUAGUUCUACUUAUGCAUAUGGGUAUGGUAACAUCCAAUAUCAAAGUAACUACUAUGGUCAACCGCAUCAGGCAAGCUAUACCCCCUAUCAACAAGCGGGAGCAAGUCAGAAUUCAGGUGCUUCUUAUCGGCCUCAUAGCUCAUUUCAGAAUACAGGCUCUUAUGCAACUCCUACAUGUUAUUCUGGCGCUUAUUUUGCUAAUGAUCAUCAGACGGCAGCGGGAUACCCAACUAGUGGCUAUUUUAACCAGACCAACUAUUGGAAUGAUGGAAGUGGUGGUGGUUACCCCCUUCAAUAUGCAAGUUAUCCAUCGUCUGAUACGAAUUCGACCCCUUCAACUAGCAAUGCAACAACUAGUUCAUUUCCUUAUCAGCAGGAGUGUAAUCAGUGGUCAACAAAUUAUGUUCCAUCUGUAACAACUGUUAAUUACAUGCCUGGAUCAGGAGGCAUGGUGGCUAGCACCGUUCCAACUGUGACAUAUUCUUUUCAAAAUGGCGUUCCCUUGUGUGCAAGUAACCAACCACCACCGCCAGGCACUACAUCAUGGAGAGGAGAUUUGGGCUCCUCCACUUUACUUGCUCCACAGGCUCGCAAUGAUGUUUUAUCUACUUUUCCGCAUGGUAGUUGGGAAGGGAAGGCUCCCACAGAGCAAAAUUACUAUCUCACUCAGAUACCUUCAGAUUUGCAGAGGGCUUCUGAGUCAAAGCUACCUUUUUAUGAAAACAAUGUUGGAAGUGAAAAAACUACAUGCGUUACUGAUCCAAGUUCUAGUUUGCAGGUUUUUCCUAUCCGUCCAGUUUCUCAAAACCCCCAACAGCCUUUGCAAACUUCCUCAACAAUGGAUACAUGUCGGGUAAGCAAAAUGCAGAUUCCAACCAAUCCUAGGAUUGCUUCGAGCUUGGUCAUGGGUAUGCCGAAACUUGACAAGGAAACUUCAACCACUAAUGCCGCAGCUAAACCAGCAUACAUCAGCAUUCAAGUGCCAAAACUUAACAAUCAGUUGUCCUCCAGUGAUGAUGCUGAUGCUGUUAUCAAGCAGGGAGCUUUCCCCCCUUCUGUUCGUGCUUAUGUGGAGAGGUGUUUCUCUCGGUGCAAGGAUGAUGCACAAAGGGCUGCCAAUAAACUUAUAUUGUCAGAGAUCAUUGCAAAGGCAAAAGAUGAUGGCACACUUUGGACAAAGAAUUGGGAUAUGGAGCCCCUUUUACCCUUGCCAAACUCUAAUUCAAGUGGAGCUGAUCAAAACAUUUUACACAGUACAAUACCAUCUCUGCCAAAAUUUCCAAGCAGACGCAUUAAAAGUCGGUGGGAGCCUGUUGCUGAGGAACAAAUAGAUCCAAAAGUUGCACCAGCCAACAACGACUCAACAAAGAUUAUUGGUUGGGCUGAAAGGAUGGUUGGGAGUCGAACACAUAAUAAUAUGGAUAAUGGUCGGAAUAGCAUGAAGUUUCCUCAACAAUCUCUUUUAAGCAAAACUCCUCAGAGGCCAGAAAAGAAGUCACGUUUUUCUGACACAGCAAACAUAAUUGAGAAUGGCAGUUCUUCAAGUGAUAGCGAUAAGGAGCAGGCUUUGACUAAACAUUAUUCUAGUGCAAUCUUGCUGGAAAAUUCUCCAGAAGAAAGGAAACGGCGUGAACAUCGAUCCAAGCGAUUUGAGAAGGGACAGGAAAGGCAGGCAGAUCUCAAGCAAUUCAAGCCAAAGGGUGCUGGAGUUGGAAAUAUAUAUUUAAGAAGAGCUAAUGCUUUGAUGCUUGCCAAGAGUUCUGAUGAUCAGUCUACAGCAGUUGAAGAUAUCUAUUGGGAUGCACUUACAGUUAAAGGAACCUGCCAGGAUGUAGAGAAACGUUAUUUGCGUCUUACAUCUGCUCCUGAUGCUGCAACUGUAAGGCCCGAAGAAGUCUUAGAGAAGGCUCUGCAUAUGGUUCAGACUUCUCAUAGGAAUUAUCUUUACAAAUGUGAUCAACUCAAGUCCAUACGUCAGGAUUUAACUGUACAAAGGAUACAAAAUGAGCUAACUGUCAAGGUGUAUGAAACCCAUGGACGGUUGGCUUUAGAAGCAGGUGAUCUGCCAGAGUUUAACCAGUGCCAGUCCCAGCUGAAAAGACUUUAUGCAGAAGGAAUCAAAGGAUGCCAGAUGGAGUUUUCAGCUUAUAAUCUCCUUUGUGCUAUUUUACACUCAAAAAAUAAAAGGGAUCUUUUAUCAUCAAUGAAAAGUUUGUCAAAUGAGGCAAAAAAGGAUGAAACUGUAAAGAAUGCUCUUGCUGUGCACUCUGCUGUUUCAUCUGGAAAUUAUGUGCUGUUUUUCAGGUUAUAUAAUUCUGCUUCAAGUUUGAUUACCAGCCUUAUGGAUCUCCACGUAGAAAAGAUGAGGUUUGAAGCUAUGAAAUGCAUUUGUAAAUCAUACAGACCAACAGUUCCUGUUACAUAUAUAGCACAUGUGUUGGGCUUCUCAACUUCAGUGAAAACAGGUGUUGAUCAUGAAAACGGUGCAAAUGGACUUGAUGAGUGUGAAGAGUGGUUGAAGGCUCAUGGUGCAGUUCUUACUUUUGAAAACAAUUCAGAACUGCAACUGGAUACAAAGGCUUCCUCGUCUACUCUUUACAUGCCAGAACCAGAGGACACUGUUGCACAUGGUGAUGCAAAUCUUGCUGUGGAUGACUUUUUCACUCGGGCUUCUUGAUGUCGCGCAAACGAGAAAAUGCCUUGAACAUGAACCUUGUACUUUUGCCAGGUAAAAUAUACAUAAAAAUUGUCAAGCAAUUGUGAUGCUCUUAUUAUUAUUAUUAUUAUUAUUUUAAUGGCGGAGUAUACAUGAAAUCAAUUGAAGGCCCAAACUUCCCAUAGAAUCGUUAGAUUUCCUUACAUGCCAGAAGUUUGGCAUAUAUAUACAUAUUUUCAGGAUCAUUACUUGUCAGUGGAGAUCUGGCCCUGGAGUUUUUGAUUGUUUUUACCUCUAAAAAACUUGUUAAGGUUGGGUCAACACAUCUGUAAAUUUCAUCAGCCCCAGCUAAAUAGAGCGGGCUCUGAGUUGUAUCAUUUGUUAUUUAUUGAUACACUUAACAUUGUCAUCAAGAUCUUAUAUCAAAUAAAUAUUCUUGCAACAUUGAA